UACUGUGAAUCAAAAUUAUCAAUACCCACCUCAUUUACCAUACAAACCAUAUCUAUACCUGUAUCAAAUUAAAUAAAAACCCUUUUAAUUCAUAAAAUUGCAAGGGUAUCGCCCUAUUACGCCACUUUUGUUGGUAAUACUCGAUUUAUAGGUUGAAAAGAGUCCGCAAUGACUUCUGGGCCAACACUCACAAAAGCCAUCGAAUUGGUUACUCGCGCAACCGACGAAGAUCGAAAGAAAAACUACGAGGAAGCGUUACGAUUGUACGAACACGGGGUUGAAUAUUUUUUGCAUGCAAUUAAAUAUGAGGCUCAAGGUGAGAAAGCAAAGGAGAGUAUUCGAUCGAAAUGUUGUCAGUACUUGGAAAGGGCGGAGAAAUUAAAAGAAUUUUUGAAGAAAGGGAAGAAAAAACCGAUUAAGGAUGGGGAAAAUGGCUCAAAGGAUGAGAAGAAAAGUGAUAGUGAUAGCGACAGUGAUGACCCGCAAAAGAAAAAGUUACAAAGUCAAUUGGAGGAUGCGAUUGUAGUUGAAAAACCUCAUGUAAAAUGGUCAGAUGUUGCUGGAUUAGAUGCUGCGAAAGAGGCGUUAAAAGAAGCUGUAAUUUUACCGAUAAAGUUCCCGCAUUUAUUCACUGGAAAACGAAUACCAUGGAAAGGAAUUCUUCUUUUCGGAGUAUGAUAACAUUAUUAAUCAAUAAUUUUUUGGUAUAAGUAAUUUAAGAAUCAUCAUGUCGCUUAAAAAUCGACAUAUUUUUUUUAAUUGACUUACAAUCACUCAAGUAAUAAGUUGCAAAUAAAAAAAAAAUGGGGAAAAGAGUAAAACUUACCGAAAAAUCACUUUAAAGUUUCGACGUGACGUCAUUUUUUGUGACGUCAUCGACCCUGCUAAUCAUAUACAGGAUGUUUUUAAACGGGAAACUUUAUUAGGAUGUAGUACUUGCUAAAAUAACACAAAUU